UCGUGAUUCACUAGAGACCCUCCCGAAUCAAUUGGCACGGUGGAAGUCCAUACAAGCUUUCAUGCACCCUCGUUUCUGGAGAUUUCGUUUUAUUUUUAUUUUUAUUUUUAUUUUAUGGCGGGUACCGCGAAAACACCGAUACACAUGCGCACAUACAUAGCUUCUGCGUAGAUUGCAGCUACUCAUCGAGGGAGAAGAAAAUGGAAAAUCAGCGGUGGUUAGAGAGAGAAAUGUACCAGAUGGAGCAAAUAAGAGAGCUCGAUGCAGAGGAAUUGCAGGUUGAAGAAGUCGGGGACGACUCAUCUGAUGACGAUAGAUCAAAUAGUGGUGGCUAUGGUGAGGCUUCAACACCGGGUGGCUUUACCAAUAUCUCCGGUUUGGCUUCCUUACAUACAUAUCUUGGUGAGGUUGAGGAUACCCAUCAUAGGUUGGCUUGCUUGGAUGGUGGUGCCGUAUUAAACAUACCCCUAUUCUAUCUGGAAGGAGUUGUUCUAUUUCCAGAGUCUAUUCUUCCUUUGAGAGUCUUACAACCUAAUCUUGUGGCGGCUGUUGAAAAAGCGCUGAGCCAAGUUGAUGCUCCUUAUACCAUAGGCAUUAUUCGGGUUUAUAAGGAUGCUGGUGAUAGUAGGAUAAGAGUGGCAAACGUUGGGACAACUGCAGAGAUUCGGCAGUAUAGAAGGUUAGAUGAUGGUUCAUUGAAUGUGGUUACCCGUGGCCAACAACGUUUUCGUCUGAACCGCCAGUGGAUCAAUGUGGAAGGGGCACCAUGUGGAGAGGUCCAAGUUAUCCAAGAAGAUUUGCCACUGAGGACUCCACGAGAUGCUGUAGGACGACUGGCACCUUUGAGGAACUUACGUGCACCACCUUCACACACUUCACUGGCUAAACACAUUGCACACGGAGAUGAAGAUGAUGAUUCAGAUGCACUUUCAGAGGAAAGUUUCGAGCGUGAGCUUUCUCUGACAGAAAAGAUCUUGCAUCAAUCUGCAGUUGUUCCCCGUUAUGGUUGUGAUAUGAUUGACGUGCCAACUGCUAGUGAUGAUGAGAAACUUGUCUGCCAGUCAGGAUUCCAGUUGGAAAAAUCAAAUUUAGUUGGUUCCAUAUGUUCAUUCUAUCCAGAUGGGGACAAAAGGAGUGAAAAUGAUUGUCUGGAAAGGGGGAAAAAGUUGAUUUCAGGAAGGCAAUCUCGAAGAGGGGUUGGUUGUAAAGAGGAUUCUGUAAGUAGGUUGCGUGAAGUGCCAAGAGCAUUCUGGCCUAAUUGGGUUUACCGUAUGCACGAUUCAUAUUGUCUUGCUCAGAAAGCAGCAGAUAAGUGGAAACAGAUUAUGGGGUUGCCAAGCAUGGAUGUACAUGUGACGAAACCAGAUUGUCUAUCCUUUUAUAUUGCGAGUAAAAUUCCGGUAUCUGAAUCCACGAGGCAGGAGCUUCUGGAUAUUGAUGGAACUUCUUAUAGACUUCGUCGUGUAAUUGAGUUACUCGAGAAUUUUGAUCAUGUCCGAUGUAAAAGUUGUCAGGCUGUGAUUGGUAAGCGGAGUGAUGUGCUGAUUAUGUCUAGUGAAGGUCCUUUGGGUGCGUACGUAAAUCCGAAUGGUUACGUGCAUGAAUUAAUGACACUCCACAAAGCAAAUGGCUUAGCUCUCAUUGGAGGUCCUGUCAAAGAGUACAGCUGGUUUCCUGGGUAUGCAUGGACAAUUGCAGAGUGUGCCACUUGUGAGAGCCAAAUGGGAUGGCUUUUUACAGCUACAACUAAGAAACUGAAGCCCAGGUCAUUUUGGGGCAUUCGGUGUGCUCAAAUUGAUGAUAACAUGAGCUGAAUCUUUUCAUUCUGAGACUUAAAUUUUCUGUGAGGUUGAUCUGUAUAUCAUCCAAGUUGUGUCUAUCAGAAUAACCGAAUGCUUAGUUAAAGGUAUCUACAGUUGCCCUAUUUUGUUGGUUUGCAUGGCUCAGCAAAGUGUAGAUCUUAUGACAGAGAAGUAGAUGAUGAAAUUUUUGGUAAUUGUUCAUCUAAUCAGAAGCUAUUGCCGAAUAAUGUAAAUUUGGUGGCUGCCUUUUCCUGUUCACAAAA